AUGUGUUUUUCACUACCCCCCCCGGGCCCUUCUAACCCUUCAGUUCCAAUCCUCCCCCUUAACCACCCAUCAACAACACCUCACCCCAAACCCCCCCCCCCCCCUCCCCCCCCCCCCCCCCCCCCCCCCCCCCCCCCCCCCCCCCCCCCCCCCCCCCCCCCCCCCCCCCCCCCCCCCCCCCCCCCCCCCCCCCCCCCCCCCCCCCCCCCCCCCCCCACCCCCCCCCCCCCCCCCCCCCCCCCCCCCCCCCCCCCCCCCCCCCCCCCCCCCCCCCCCCCCCCCCCCCCCCCCCCCCCCCCCCCCCCCCCCCCCCCCCCCACCCCCCCCUACCCCCCCCCCCCCCCCCCCCCCCCCCCCCCCCCCCCCCCCCCCCCCCCCCCCCCCCCCCCCCCCCCCCCCCCCCCCCCCCCCCCCCCCCCCCCCCCCCCCCCCCCCCCCCCCCCCCCCCCCCCCCCCCCCCCCCCCCCCCCCCCCCCCCCCCCCCCCCCCCCCCCCCCCCCCCCCCCCCCCCCCCCCCCCCCCCCCCCCCCCCCCCCCCCCCCCCCCCCCCCCCCCCCCCCCCCCCCCCCCCCCCCCCCCCCCCCCCCCCCCCCCCCCCCCCCCCCCCCCCCCCCCCCCCCCCCCCCCCCCCCCCCCCCCCCCCCCCCCCCCCCCCCCCCCCCCCCCCCCCCCCCCCCCCCCCCCCCCCCCCCCCCCCCCCCCCCCCCCCCCCCCCCCCCCCCCCCCCCCCCCCCCCCCCCCCCCCCCCCCCCCCCCCCCCCCCCCCCCCCCCCCCCCCCCCCCCCCCCCACCCCCCCCCACCCCCCCCCCCCCCCCCCCCCCCCCCCCCCCCCCCCCCCCCCCCCCCCCCCCCCCCCCCCCCCCCCCCCCCCCCCCCCCCCCCCCCCCCCCCCCCCCCCCCCCCCCCCCCCCCCCCCCCCCCCCCCCCCCCCCCCCCCCCCCCCCCCCCCCCCCCCCCCCCCCCCCCCCCCCCCCCCCCCCCCCCCCCCCCCCCCCCCCCCCCCCCCCCCCCCCCCCCCCCCCCCCCCCCCCCCCCCCCCCCCCCCCCCCCCCCCCCCCCCCCCCCCCCCCCCCCCCCCCCCCCCCCCCCCCCCCCCCCCCCCCCCCCCCCCCCCCCCCCCCCCCCCCCCCCCCCCCCCCCCCCCCCCCCACCCCCCCCCCCCCCACCCCCCCCCCCCCCCCCCCCCCCCCCCCCCCCCCCCCCCCCCCCCCCCCCCCCCCCCCCCCCCCCCCCCCCCCCCCCCCCCCCCCCCCACCCCCCCCCCCCCCCCCCCCCCCCCCCCCCCCCCCCCCCCCCCCCCCCCCCCCCCCCCCCCCCACCCCCCCCCCCCCCCCCCCCCCCCCCCCCCCCCCCCCCCCCCCCCCCCCCCCCCCCCCCCCCCCCCCCCCCCCCCCCCCCCCCCCCCCCCCCCCCCCCCCCCCCCCCCCCCCCCCCCCCCCCCCCCCCCCCCCCCCCCCCCCCCCCCCCCCCCCCCCCCCCCCCCCCCCCCCCCCCCCCCCCCCCCCCCCCCCCCCCCCCCCCCCCCCCCCCCCCCCCCCCCCCCCCCCCCCCCCCCCCCCCCCCACCCCCACUACCCCCCCCCCCCCUACCCCCCCCCCCCCCCCCCCCCCCACCCCCCCCCCCCCCCCCCCCCCCCCCCCCCCCCAAUCCCUCCCCCCCCUCCCUUCCCCUUGCCCCCACUCACACCAAUCCCCACGGGCCACAUGGGGGAAGCCCCCUGUUGCAAUCAUAUCCUUACCACUAAUUCAGCUCACCCCCUGGAACCAGAAUAUCCAAAGAAUAUUUACGCUUUAACAUCCCCACCCCCCACUACCUUUCACCCCCCCCUAGGCCCCCAGAAUUGUUACCCACACCCCCCCACCUGA